UCUGGCUUCUGAUUGGCUGAAUGAUGUUAUGGGAAGUUCAUUGAUGGAAACUAGUGGCUUUUCCCGGCAGAUUUGAUGAGAAGCUCACGCGGCCUGAUAACCCACUUCUGCAAGUUUGCUACUUUUUAAAACAGGACUUGAUUAAGUGUGUACCUCCAGAGUAAAAGCAUCAUGUCUGAGGAACCUGGACCCAGUGGUCAGUCCCAAUCCCACAGUCAAUCCCAGACCCAGUCCCAAACACAAUCACAGCCUGGGUCCAGCUCCUCAUCCGCCCCAACAUCAUCAAGCCAGGGCUCUUCCUCAGGCUCAGGGACUCUAAGUUCUGUGGAUACAGUGCCGGUCCAGGAACUACAGUCGAUUCCUGAAGACGAGGAGGAAGUCCAGUCUCAGGUGUGGGGCCGCGUCAUCCCCUUGGUGCAUGGAUUGAGUGUGCUCAAUUGCGUUGAAAACCAGUAUGUCUUUGGAAGGGAUAGCGCAUGCGAUUACAGUUUCACCAACGACAUUGUGAAACAUUCAACACAUUUCAGGACAUACAGCAAGAAGCACUUUAAGAUUUUUAGGGAUGAGAAUCUCGUCUACGUCGAGGACCUCAGCGGUAACGGCACAUGGGUGGAUGACGAGAAAAUAGGAAACGGGAAGCAAAGACUUCUUAGCAAUAACUCUGUUAUUGCCCUUGCAGAACAAAAACAUCAAGUUUUUAUGUUCAUAGAUAAGAUGGGGGACAAUCAACCUAACCUUCCUUUAGAGUUCAGCAAAAAAUAUCACAUAGCACGAAAGAUUGGAACAGGUGUCUGUGGUGAAGUUAAGCUUGCCAUAGAAAAGGAAACCUGUAAAAAAGUUGCUCUGAAAACUAUAAACAAACACGACUUCCCAUCAAUAGGGACGGCCACACGAAAUGCAGAACGUGAAAUUGAAAUUUUAAAGAAAAUUGAUCAUCCGUGCCUGAUCAAGACAGAAGAUUUCUACCAGACAGAAGAUUCUUACUACAUUGUUUUGGAGUAUGUUGAAGGAGGAGAGCUGUUUGGCAGGAUCAAGGCCAAGAAACAGCUGGAGGAAGAAAUCGCCAAACUCUACUUUUAUCAGAUGCUCAGGGCUGUGGAGUAUCUCCACAAUAACGGGAUCAUUCAUCGAGAUCUCAAGCCUGAGAAUGUGCUGCUGGCUUCACAUGACGACAUCUGUUUGAUUAAGAUUACGGAUUUUAAUCAGUCCAAGAUUUUGGAGGAAUCCUCCCUGAUGAAGACGCUCUGCGGGACGCCCACAUAUCUUGCCCCGGAGGUGUUCACACACGCUGCGACAGUAGGAUAUACAAAAGCAGUCGAUUAUUGGAGCUUGGGGGUCCUACUGUUCAUCUGUUUGGGUGGUUAUCCUCCAUUUAACACAGAGUGCUCCACCAUGUCUGUGCGUGAACAGAUCAUUAAUGGCCAUUACCGUUUCAUCCCAUCUCAGUGGAAGAAGGUCUCAAAUGAAGCCAAAGAUUUGAUCAAGAAGCUCCUGGUUGUGGAUCCUGAAAAGCGCCUGACUGUCGAAGAGGCGCUAACACAUCCGUGGUUGAAUGAUGACGAGAUGAGAAACACUGCAGACCAGCUGAUGCAGUGUGAAACAUCCAAGAAACGUAAGGCAGAAGAGGCGGAGGGUGAACCGCCAUCCAAGAGGAAACCUGGGCCUUGACUUGCGCACUUUUUUUUUUGUUUGUUUGUUUCCUGGUGGCCUUUUAAAAGCUCUUUCCUGCGACCAAUUCAUGCUGAACGUCUAACACUGUACUGGCUUUGUAAAUAUAUAUUUCUACCAUUUCCUGUGUCCAAAAUAAAAUCUUUUUAAAUUUUCUA